AUGAAUCAGCUGUAUUGUUUACAUAGACAAAUGAACGAAAAAAUGAGGAAGAUUGAGAACCCCCAGAAGGAUCCAUGCCACAACACAGUGAUUAGACCGCCUUUGAAAAAUGCGCAGGGGGUGGAAGACAAAAGAGGAAAUGUGGCAUUCUUGGUAAGCAUGAAAAACAAGGAUAUUCAAGAAAAAAGUGUGGACGGGGAAAAAAUAACAGAUCAUUCAGAACACUCCCAAGGAGAGGUGGCAGUACCCUCCCGAGAUGAGCGCGAAAAAUACAACGAACUCUUCGAUGCCAAAAUGUAUUUGCCUCCACUGCGCGCCAACAAAAGAGAAUUAAAUUUUUUUUUCAAAAUUUUGUCUAACGCAAUGGAAAAAAAUAACAAUAGCAAUAUCUACAUAAGUCUGAUGAACAUACUGUGCAAAAACUUUCCGUCGUACAUCGGGCUAUUUGCACACUUGUGGUUUCAAUGCAAAGUGUUACUGGCGGAGAAAUUAAUUUUAAUUGAAUUUUUCAGGCAGUUAAAAAUAAACUCGGAAAUAAUCAACCAUUUUUUUAAUUACGGUUACGACUCCUUCGAAACGAUCUUGUCAAUAACACCACAGGAAUUGAAAAACAUUCAGGAGUUUAAUAAAGUCACCUGGCUUCCAGGACAUACGUUUCGCUUAAAGAUGAUUUUCUCUAAAAUCGAAAAAUAUUUUAAUUUGUUCAUUCAACAGAACGAUGAUUAUGUACAGAAAAUUAAAAAAUUUAUUUUAAACAGAAGGAAAAAAACGGAGCUAACUGUGCAGUUGUCCCUGGAAUGGCAACAGAACGACCGCAGCGAGUGCAAGAUGUACAAGUCUCAAGUGGGUAGUAAUACCAACCCGCAAGUCUUGCCCCAAUGGGCCCAUGAUGACAACAUAAAUACCUAUCAACGAUAUAUGUCACAAAUUUGGAGAAACAAAAUUUUUUCAUAUAACUCUACUCCAGAUAAUUCAUUAUAUGCAAAUAGAACGUUCUUAAAAAAUUAUUCCUGCUCUCCUUACCCUGUGUUGCGUAGCCUUCAGGAUUUUUUUUCCCUCGGCUGUUAA